GCCGGAGCAACGUGUAGUAGCAGCCAGUGUGAAGAGCACAGCGAGCAGUCUGGGAGAGAGAGACAAACACACAGAGAAAGAGAGAGAGAGAGAGAACCGAGCCUCCUCUGGAGACCGGACAACGAGCAACACACGGUCCUGUUUUUAAUCCCCUCAAAUCCUCUGAGGGCCCACCUGUCCUCCAGAUCAUUCGGCUCCUUCAUCCUCCUCCUCCUCCUCCUCCUCCUCCUUCGUGAGCAGACAUGCCUGCAGCAAUCGGCGGGCCUGUGGGGUACACCCCUCCUGAGGGUGGCUGGGGCUGGGCGGUGGUGAUGGGCGCCUUCAUCUCCAUCGGCUUCUCCUACGCCUUCCCCAAGUCCAUCACCGUCUUCUUCAAAGAUAUCGAGGUCAUUUUCGACGCCACGCCGAGUCAGGUGUCCUUCAUCUCUUCCAUCAUGCUGGCUGUCAUGUACGGAGGAGGUCCAAUCAGCAGCAUCCUCGUUAACAAAUAUGGCAGCAGACCAAUCAUGAUGCUCGGUGGCUGUCUGGCGGGGACGGGGCUGAUCUGUGCCUCAUUUUGCAACACUGUACAGCAGCUUUACUUCUUCAUAGGAGUAGUGGGAGGUUUUGGACUGGCGUUCAACUUGAAUCCCGCCCUCACUAUGAUCGGUAAAUACUUCUACAAUCGCCGGCCCAUCGCCAACGGCAUCGCUAUGGCCGGCAGCCCGGUCUUCCUGUCGACUUUGGCUCCCUUUAACUCGUGGCUGUACGAUGAGUUUGGAUGGAGGGGCAGCUUCCUCAUUCUGGGAGGACUCCUGUUCAACUGCUGCGUGGCCGGCUCCCUCAUGAGACCCAUCGGACCCAAACCUCUGCCGCCAACACCCGCAGAGGAUAAAGCAGCGGAGCCUAAGAAGACAGUCCUGCAGACCAUCAACUCGUUCAUCGACCUGACGCUGUUCAAACACCGCGGCUUCCUGCUCUACCUCAUGGGCAACAUCGUCAUGUUCUUCGGCCUCUUCUCGCCGCUCGUAUUCCUCUCUAAUUACGCCAAGAGUAAAGAUAUUAGCAAGGAGAAAGCCGCCUUCCUGCUGUCGGUGUUGGCAUUCGUCGACAUGUUUGCCCGUCCCUCCAUGGGUCUUCUGGCCAACACCAAGUGGGUCCGACCCAGAGUGCAGUACUUCUUCGCCGCGGCCGUCCUCUACAACGGCGUGUGUCACGUGCUGGCGCCGUUGUCACAGGACUACACCGGGUUUGUGAUCUACGCCAUCUUCUUCGGUUUCGCGUUCGGCUGGCUGAGCGCCGUGCUGUUCGAGACUCUCAUGGACCUGGUGGGGACGCAGAGGUUCUCCUCGGCCGUGGGUCUGGUCACUAUAGUGGAGUGUGCGCCGGUGCUGCUGGGCCCCCCGCUGACAGGUAGUUUCUUCACCUACUACGGAAGCUACGACUACACGUACAUCACCUGCGGCAUCAUCCUCAUUAUCGCCAGCGUCUUCCUCUUCGUGGGAAUGGGCAUCAACUACAGACUGCUGGCGCGGGAGAAAAAAGAGGAGGAGAGACGAGAGCGGGCGGAGCCCAAGGAGGAGCAGGCGGCCAUGCUGGCGCCUAACUCGCCCGCAAAAUCAAUCGAGGACGGCGAGGAUAACGGAGCGCCGGCCGUCGUCACACUCGACGACGUCGCCAGGAUGGACGAGGACUCCGUGUAGAAAAAUUCAAAACGACGAGACUCGAGAAUUUGACGCGCACACACCCGCAUCACCCGCUUCACAGAAACACACACACGACUUUGUAGAGAGAGGAAUAAUAACUUUAUACCCUUCAACACAAACCCUUGAAGCCAUAGAGACAAAAAAAACAACUUCUUCUACUUCUAUCUUUUAAAAAAACACAAACAAACUGAGACCGGCGCUGCUGUGGAGCUCGUCACGCAGCGUUUUCACCGCUUUCAGACCUCCGUUUUUUCUUUUUUUUUCUUUUUGGUAUUUGACGUGCCUUUGGUAAACUCAAGUCCUCCCGGUGUAAGAGAAUAAUCUGAGUAAACCUGAAAUGAGGACUCUGCUCUCAGGGUCUUGAGCUGCCGUGAAAGGUUCUCACACACACACACACACACACACACACAAACACACACACACACACACACACACACACACUGAGUACAUUUUAUUACAGCAUCUACUUUUAAAGAUACUGUAUGUUUUUUCUCCCUUCACACACUGCAAACACACACACACACACUGAUAUUGCUUCACUCCUCAAGGGCUGGACAUACAUUUAAAGGGAUGUUCGUAUUAGCGUUGGUGUCGUGUAUCUCUCAUCUGUGGCGUGUUCACAUGUUUAGUUUUAAAAGUGUGACGUCAACAAAAAAACUUCCAGGUUUUAAAACUAUUUUUAAUUAGAGGAAGAAAAAUCUGGAAGGUCACUAUCACACAGGAGGAAGAAGACGUGUUGAUGUCGGCAGCAGUAGUAUUUUUAAAGUUUAGUCAAAAAUGUAGAGUUAAAAUUGUUUAAAGGGGUCAUCCAUCGUCAUCAUCUUCGUCGUUGUCGUCGUCAUGAUGCACAUUUCCAGGUCUGUAUUUAUAUUCUGGGGCUCUACUGGAAUAUUUUUGCAUGAUUUACACUUCAAAAAACUCCUUAUUUAUCUUAUACUUGGCUCUUUAUGCAGCCACUCAGUUCAGCCUCUGUCUGAAAAAGGCUGUUUUAUAGCUCCUGUCUCUUUAAGAGCCCGCUCUCCUCUGCUCUGAUUGGUUCACUUCCGCGCUAAGAAACCAUGAAAUGAAAGAUAGCAGCGGGAUUUCACAACUUUAUCUUGUUCUUUACUCCUAAUGUCAACUUCUCAAGUAUGUUUGUAACAUUUUCGAGCCCGAAUCCGAUCCGAAAUACGAGCGUGGAGAACGUAAACGACACAUUUAACAACCGUAGCGACUUUAAGGCUACAGAACAGGCGACCGUCAGAUUGUCGUCAACGUAGAGGAAAAAAAGCGUUCAGAGCAGGAUGAAGCCCUGUCGUUUGUCUUUCAGGGAGCUUUUUUAAAUGAUAUACGUUAACCUCAAGUUUUGACUAUGUUUAACAUAGAUAUCUAACAUCUAACAGUAUAUAAAUAACACAUAAGCACAGUAUGACCCCUUUAAAAAGAUAUAGGAACUUUUAAAACUGAAAACUAAUGUAGGAAUCUUUUCUUUUAUUCUUUUUUUUGGCAGGUUGGGUGAUUUUUGAAUGUUACAAUCUGUUAAUUUGUGUGCUUGUACAUAAAUGAUGUGUGUGUGUGUGUGUGUGUGUGUGUGUGUGUGUGUGUGUGUGUGUGUGUGUGUGUGUGUGUGUGUCAUGUUGUAUCAUACACCCUCCGACCAGAGCAGCUCAAUGAGACACAUUCGAACAAAAACCCCCCCACACGCUCACACAGUUUUUCUCUCCGCCGCCG